GUGGGGGAGAGUGUGGGUUAUGUACUGUCUUAGCUUGUCCCCUCCACCCAACACACACUAUCUCUCUCUCUUCUUAACAGCCCAAGUCCAAAAGCCACCACCACAUUGGCUUUUUUUUUUUUUUUUCCUUCCUUUUUUAUAGGUUGCCUUUUGUUUUUCUGUGCUUCCUAUGCAAUUGUCUAUGUCUGCUACUUCUGCUCCCUCUUCUCAGUACCUGCAAAUGGGGGAAGAAUCAUACUUUGAAUUUCUUGUUAUUAUUUGAUACCCUUUUCUUUUCUUUUUUAUUUUUAAGCUUUGAGUUGGGUAUCCUUUCUAAAAACAUGACCUUCUUGUUGUUUUCUAUUCAUAUUCUUGCACUACUCUCUUGUAUUAAGCUUUAUUAUAGGUACCCUCCAAACUAAAAUAUGAGUUUCUUGCCAUGAUUUGACCUCGUUCUCAAAUUUUCUAUGGUUUUCCCUUAGCUCUUUUGGUACCCUUUUCUUUUCCCACUUGAUUACUCUCCUACUACUGCUGCCCCUACUUUUCUUUUUCAAUUUUCUUGAUCUUUUUGGAGGGGUUGGUUAGUGGUUAUGUUGCUGUACUUGUAAUCUUAAGCCUAUAGUACUAAGGAUAACAACAUUUUGUUAGGUGUUCAUGGAAAUUGAUCUGAACCAUGCAGUGACUGAGGUGGAGAAGAAUAACAAUGCAUUUUAUACUAACAAUGGGGAUUCUAGUUCCUCUUCAUGUUCUUCUAAUUCAUCUCAGUCUCCUGUUACUUCUUCAAUUUACUUGGAGCUUUGGCAUGCUUGUGCUGGUCCUCUCACCUCACUUCCCAAGAAAGGGAAUGUGGUUGUUUACUUCCCUCAAGGCCACCUGGAACAAGUUGCUCCUUCUUCUCCUUUCUCUCCUAUGGAAAUGCCUACCUUCGAUCUCCAACCACAAAUCUUUUGCAAAGUUGUAAAUGUACAACUCCUUGCUAAUAAGGAGAAUGAUGAGGUCUACACUCAACUUGCUUUGCUUCCUCAACCAGAGUUGGUAGGCCCAAAUUUAGAGGUAAAGGAGCUCGAAGAGUUAGGUGUCGAUGAAGAGGGUGGAGGUGGAUUACCAGCAAAAUCAACCCCUCAUAUGUUUUGCAAAACACUCACAGCUUCUGAUACUAGUACCCAUGGAGGGUUCUCUGUUCCCCGUAGAGCUGCUGAAGACUGUUUCCCUCCUCUGGAUUACAAACAGCAGAGGCCCUCUCAAGAGCUUGUGGCCAAAGACCUGCAUGGAGUAGAGUGGAGGUUUCGGCAUAUUUAUAGAGGUCAACCAAGAAGGCAUCUGCUUACUACUGGGUGGAGUAUUUUUGUGAGUCAAAAGAAUCUUGUUUCAGGGGACGCAGUGCUAUUUCUGAGGGGUGAAGAUGGAGAGCUGAGAUUGGGAAUUAGAAGAGCUGUUCGGCCCAGAAAUGGUCUUCCUGAUUCAGUUAUUGGCAAGCAAAAUUCGUAUCCCAGUGUUCUUUCUGUGGUGGCUAAUGCAAUAUCCACCAAGAGCAUGUUUAAUGUUUUGUACAGUCCAAGGGCUAGUCAUGCAGACUUUGUUGUACCUUACAAAAAGUACAUGAAGAGCAUCAUGAAUCCAGUGUGCAUUGGGACAAGAUUCAAGAUGAGAUUUGAAAUGGAUGACUCACCAGAGAGAAGGUGCAGUGGUGUUGUCACGGGAAUAAGUGACUUGAAUCCUUAUAGAUGGCCUAACUCCAAGUGGAGAUGCUUAAUGGUGAGGUGGGAUGAAGAUAUUGGCAAUGAUCAUCAAGAACGAGUUUCUCCGUGGGAGAUUGAUCCUUCUGUUUCACUACCACCUUUGAGCAUUCAGUCUUCACCAAGGCUGAAGAAACUGCGGACUAGUCUGCAGGCAACCCUACCUGAUAACCCCAUAACUGGAGGGGGUGGGUUUUUAGACUUUGAGGAGUCAGGAAGAUCCUCUAAGGUCUUGCAAGGUCAAGAAAAUGUAGGUUUUGUGUCACCCUUGUAUGGUUGUGACACAAUGAACCGCCCACCGGAUUUUGAGAUGCGAUCCCCAGUGCAUCAAAAUCUUGUGUCAACUGGAAGAGAAAAGGCUAAUAUUGGCGAGAUAACGAGGACUCGCCCCACUACAUAUACAGGCUUUGCGGAAACUGAUAGGUUUCCGAAGGUCUUGCAAGGUCAAGAAAUAUGUCCACUGAGAUCACUGACUAGUAAAGGUGAUUUUAACCUGGGUGCUUGGGUUAAACGCAAUGUUGGAUGUGGUUCUUUCAACAUGUAUCAAGCACCCAGACGCAACUUCUACCCACUAGGGCCAGAAAGCCUUCAAAACGUGUAUUUUCCUUAUGGUGAUGUAUACAAAACUGGCCAAGAUGCUAGAAUGCGCUCUUAUGCGACUAACUUCCCAAGAGAAAAUUUCCAAUUUGGUGCACCUUCUAUCCAGGCUGGUGUUAGUAGAGAUGAAGUUGGAAAGCCAAAUCAACUGAGUGAUCUUAAGACUCAGGAACCUGGUUCUGCUUCACCUGCUUUAGGGGUAAAUCUAAGAAGCCAAAAGGACAACUCUUUUGGUGGGACUUCUAGUGGAUGUAAGCUGUUUGGAUUCUCUCUGACUGCAGAAUCACCAAAUCCAAACUCGCAAAACUCUGGUAAGCGGAGUUGUACAAAGGUUCACAAGCAAGGCAGCUUGGUUGGAAGAGCUAUUGAUCUAUCAAGACUGAAUGGCUACAGUGACCUGUUAAGUGAACUUGAGAGAUUAUUUAGCAUGGAAGGUCUUCUGCAAGAUCCUAACAAAGGAUGGCGCAUCUUGUAUACUGACAGUGAGAAUGAUGUAAUGGUUGUUGGUGAUGACCCGUGGCAUGAGUUCUGUAACGUGGUAUCCAAGAUCCACAUAUAUACCCAAGAAGAAGUGGAGAAGAUGACCAUUGGAGUGAUUGGUGAUGAUACUCAAAGCUGCUUGGAUCAAGCACAUGUUGUAAUGGAAGCAUCAAAGUCUUCAUCAGUGGGCCAGCCAGACUCUUCUCCACAGUAAUAAUAGUUUGAAUUUACGUAUUUGGUUUCAAUAUUGUGCUUGCUGUAUGCAACUACUUGUCAAAACAUAAACCUAGUUGUGUAUCUUUUUCAGUUGAGUUCUAAGUUUAAUGAUUGUCUUGUCUUUAUCAGUAGAACAUACUACGCACAGGUGCGUAUUGUGGCCUUGAGAGAAUGGUAACUGAAGUUUGUUGAACUGUUUAAAGUCAGUGCUUUCAUGUUGUCAA